AUGUACUGGUGGCGCGACGAGCAAGGCAUGAAUCCCGUUCAUGUCGCUGCCAUGAAUGGGCAUGUUGAUAUCCUAGAAGAUCUCCUUCAAGAGAGUUGUUUGCCCGCGAUGGAGAGACUGCAUCGCGGCCAGACUGUGCUGCAUUUGUGUGUGAAACAUGCUCAGACUGACGCAUUAAAUUUUUUGGUGGAGAAGUUGGGAGAGCUUGUGUGUGCAAAGGAUGAUGAUGGGGAGACAUUAUUGCAUUUGGCUGUUAGGUGCAAUCAACUCCAGAUGAAAAAGCUCUUAAAAACUCUUUCAAACGAGUCAUUCAUGGAAGCCCUCCCCAAGAUGUCCGACGUCACAAUGGUGGUGGUGAUCCUGAUUGCCACGAUGGCCUUCCGGGGGGCCAUCAGUCCCCAAGGAGGCAUAUGGCAAGAUAACACGUCAUCUCACAGAGGCGGUGAGGCAGUACUGGCAACCACUCAUCCCAAGACAUACAUGCACAUGGUGCACGACAACACCACCGCCUUCGUUUCAUCCCUCUUCACGAUCUUCCUAGUCACCACGGGGCUCCCGGCCACACACUUCUUCUUCAUGGCGGUGGCCAUGUACACGAUGUGGGUGGCGAUGACGGCCAUCGCCAUCAGCUACUUGGUGUCGGUGGAUGUGAUCACUCCGAAUGAGAGUGUUAUAUCGGUAGGAAACGUGAUUAUACUGGUGGUGGCAGUGAUAAUAAAAACUCCACAGAUCUCACUGAUUACAUUUGUAACUCAGUGA